UGAGGUCCCACCUCUAAGCCGUUCCUUCCUUCAGCUAGACCUUUCUGUUUGUUAAGAAGGAGCUCCAAAAGUUGGAGCUCCUGCUCUUACUCGACCGACCUCACUGUCACGACUGGAAAAAACUCUGGGGCCCUCACUACUGCUUACUGCUUGUGCUUCCCUCCUUCGUGCCUAUUUGCUAAAUUUAUGCAACUUUUCGGCCUUGUACCCCACAUAGCUGCCCAUUAUUCAAACCUCGUCGCUGCAGAUUUCCCUUGUCUGCCUGUGAUCUAUGCCUUCCACGACACUCCCCAAUCCCGUGGAAAAUAAUUCCCUGUCCAAACAAUUUAGGUUCCCCGAAACAACAAAUACUAGCCUUCCCUAGAAAUUAAACUAGCAGUAUUAUAUUAACCUACUUCUAAAUAACACCCGUUUUACUUCUCACUUUCUAGGUGACAAUUUUUCUUUUUGCUUGGAACAUGAAUAUUAAGCCAAUGCACUAUCCAUGGUUGAAACAAACCACUGAAUAGAUGCAUUUAUCGGGCCUCAUUGUUUCAUGCACCGAGCCUUGUUUCACAAGAUUUCACAAAUGAAGAGAACGAGGAAUAUGUGCAUAGAUAACAAGGUAGUUGAAACCACAAUGGCAGUAAUCUCGACUCCUACAAGAACAACUAUUUUUAACCCUACCACCAAAAAAAGGUCUGUCAAACCCAUUAAUGCCCACAAAACUAAGAGGAUCCUCAUCCGUGAAUUUGAAAAAGAUUAUACUACCAGUUGCAGUGCAUCAUCAUCAUUACACAAAACACCAACUGAGAGCGAUAACUUAACUGAAUCCAAAACAACAGAAACCUAUAACAGUUAUAUAUCUGCAACAGAUAAUAAAACUGAUUUAUGUUGGAGAAGCCUCAAUGUGGGCACAAAGGAACUAUUUUUGGAUCUAACAUUUCCCACAGGACAGACAUUCAGAUGGAGGGAAACUGGCCCUACGUGUGGCCCAUCAGAAUACACAGGGGUGAUUGGGGUUCACUUGUUCACACUCAGACAGGUUGGAGAUGAGGUUAAGUAUUUCAUUCACGGUCGAGGAGGGCAAUCAGAAGAAGAACAAAGAGCAGUGCUUAAUGAUUAUCUGAAUCUGGGUAUUUCAUUGAAGGACAUGUGGAAUAAAUUUGUACAAGUGGAUUCAAGGUUUGCAGCAUUGGCUCCUUAUAUGGGUGGUGCUCGUUUGCUCCGACAGGACCCUCUGGAAUGUCUGUUCCAGUUCAUUUGCUCUUCAAAUAACAAUAUUAAGAGGAUAACGCAGAUGGUGGAAUAUCUUUCCAGUUUUGGACCUUAUUUGGGCACCGUUGAUGGCACUUAUUUUCAUGCAUUUCCUUCUUUGAAAGAAUUAUCAUCAGUUACAGAAGGCCAACUUCGGGCAGCUGGAUUUGGUUACAGGGCUAAGUAUAUAGUUGAAACAGUGAAAGCUCUCAACUCCAAAAAUACUGGAGGCAAUGAGUGGCUCCUGUCUCUGCGGAAUUUACCUCUUGAAGAGUCUAUGGAGGCUCUCUGUACCUUGCCAGGAGUAGGCCCAAAAGUAGCAUCUUGUAUUGCUCUUUUUUCUCUAGAUCAGCAUCAUGCCAUUCCUGUUGAUACACACGUGUGGCAGAUUGCCAUGCAAUAUAUCACUCCUGAACUAUCAGGUGAACACUUGACUCCAAAGCUGUCCCAGAAGGUCUCUGAAGCAUUUGUGACAAAGUUUGGUAAGUAUGCAGGGUGGGCUCAAACUGUACUUUUCAUUUCGGAGCUAUCUUCUCAGCAAGCUAUCCUACCUCAACAUCUGCGUACUGUCAAGGAGCCAAAAGUAAAGACCAAACACAAAAAAGGUUCAGUCAAAGACAGAGAUUAGUGAGGGGCCAAGAACAAAGUGCAUCCAUUCAGAUCAUGUUGAUGUAAUCUAUUGGUUUUCUUAUCCAUUCUGGCACAGGCACAAUAUCUUGUUAUUGUAUCAUGGCUAAAGCUUUUCUAAUUGUUGUUGACACCUUAGGAGAGUAAUUAGCGCAUAUUUCCUUUCCCCCAAGAAAGUUGCUGAAAUUGAAAGUCGGUAUUCAACUAACUAAUAUGUACAAUUGAAAAAUGAUUGCUCCUUGAUA